CGGGGCGGCUGGCGCGGGGGCGGCGUGCAGGAGAUGCCGGGCGGCGGCUCGCGCGCCCCGAAGAGAAAAAGGAACCGGGAUGCCGUGGAAUGCCCCUCCUUUUCAGGGGAGUGCCCCCCGCAGCCCAGGAGAGCAGGCCUCAGGACCUCCCUCGCAGAGGCAUGGCGCAGGUGUGAGGAAGGAUUUCGGGGCUCUCCUGGGACUCUGUCAUUAGCAGCUGAAAAGAAGACUGUUACAGAAAAGCACAUUGAAUUGUUUGCUAGUCCCAAGAAAGAAACUACCACAUCUAAGAGUGCCAGUGGGAUUACAGAAAUAACUUGGAGUUCCAGUGGAAGUGAUCAGUCAGAUGAAGGUGAACUACAGUUUGUUGACUGGGAGAGGGACAGUGACAGGGAAGACACUGAUGACGAGAAUGAGUUUGAGGACAGUGGGAGUGCUGUGGAAGAUGGUGAGAGUGCCGCGGAAAUAUCAGACUGUGCCUCCUGUGCAAGCAGUCAUUCUCUGACAAGUGAAGAGAGACUAUCGGAGCUUCCUAAGGCAAGUUCUACAGAAAUUUUGGAGUAUUCAUCAGAUAGUGAAAGUAAAGAUAACUCAGAGAAUGUCUUCUUCAUUGAUUUUGAAUCCUCUCACAAACACCCCAAGGAGUUUGGAUCAGAUGGAGGAAAAGUUAUGGAGAAACAGAUAAUCCCAAGGGUGAAAUCUACAGACAGUAUUUUGUAUACCCCCCAGAAACAGAUGAAGUUGCCUAGGACUCCUGAAAAAUCAGCAAAUAAGAAGCAGCUUUCAAGAGGCGGGCUAGCAGAAAGACUCAGUGGACUGCAGAAUCGAGAAAGAUCUGCCAUUUCCUUGUGGAGACAUCAGUGUGUUUCUUACCAAAAGACACUUUCAGGUAGCAGAUCUGGUGUGUUAAUUGUGAAGAUUCUAGAGCUGCAUGAAGAGUGCACCAUCCAGGUUGCCAUGUGUGAGCAGUUAGUGGGACUGCAGGCUGACGGCUCCUCUCCAGGGGAGGCCCCGGGAACUGGCCUGAAGGUUCUCUUCACCAAGGAGACGGCACACUAUCUCCGGGGGCAGCCCCAGGACAUCAUCCACAUCUACCCUCCCUGGCAAAAGCUUAUUAUCCCAAAUGGAAGUUGCCCGGUUAUUCUGAACACUUACUUCUGUAAAAAAGUUGUUGCCAAAGAAGAUUCAAGAAUAACACAUGAAGUGCAAUUUGGGGACACACCCCUUCCAAGAAGAAUCACCACGUUAUCCCAGAUGUUUAGAUUUAAGAGUCUAACAAAUAAUCCACCUGGAAGCCAGGUUAUGUGCAGUCUCCCCACCCUGAGGACAGACUGGACCCACAGGCACUGCUCAUCUCAAGCGCCCCUCAGCGACUCGCUCCUGGACACAGUAGAAAGCCAAGGAGCUGCCACGUGGUCCGGAGCUGGAGUCCCAGUGGUGGUGCAGAGAGUGUACUUCCUUCCCUGCAGGGGUCAGCAGGGAGGCAGCUCAGCUGCUCCUCCCAGCUCAGAGGCACCGAGCUUCCGAGCCUGCCUCCUGGUGCAGGACGCCUACGGGAUGUUCGGCGAGGUGCACACUGAGGGCACCGUUUCUCAGGACAGGCGGCUGGAGGGGCGGGCCUGCCGCCUGGCGGGCAUGAAGGUGCUGCAGAAGGCCACCCGGGGAAGGACAGCAGGGCUUUUCAGUUUGAUUGACACUCUGUGGCCUCCAGUGGUGCCUCUGAAAGCACCUGGCCACGGCCAGGCCUGUGAAGAGGUAAACUCUCACCUGCCUCCCAGCUUCUGUUAUGUCCUCGCGGCUCACCCCCAGCUGGGGCAGAUCGAUGUCAUCGAAGACCCUGUUUCUAAGCUUUACCAGCCUCCGGCUCCUUGCUCCUUACGAGAAAUUCUCCAGACUGAUGAUCUUGGUGCCCGCUGCAGCUUCUAUGCCAGAGUGAUUUAUCAAAGACCAUCGCGAAGCAGUUUGCUCCCUCUGGAGCAGAGGGAGAUCUGGUUGGUGGUGACCGACGUCAGCCUGCAAGUGCAGGACGGAGAUUCCCCCGGCCUCCCCAGAACACUGCCCGUGCGCGUGACCCCCACGUGCGCGCUGGGCCCGGACGUCCUGGGAGCACUCGGCACGGCCGCCGCCCACCGCUGCUUCUUCAGAGACGCCCUCCGAGACCAGGGUCGGAUUGUUUGUGGUGAACGCACUGUCCUCCUGCUCCCUAAGCCCACUUUGGCUGUGGCCUCGGGCACCCACUCCUGGGAGCCGCCGGGCCCCGUGAGGCUCGACGGCCUGGAUUCCGUCACUCAGGCCAACUGCAUCUGCAGCGUUCAAGGCACGGUGACUGCUGUGGACGAGGCCACGGCCUUCUCCUGGCCCGUGUGUGACCGCUGCGGCAGCGAGCGGCUGAGGCAGAGCCCGGGGGACAGCCACAGGGGCGCCUUCUCCUGUGCGGACUGCUCCCGCCUGGUCACCGCCCCCGGCCUCCGACGGCACCUCCAGGUCUUCCUGGCCUGCCCGGCACGGCCCCACUGCACCGUCAGGGUCCAGCUGGCGCAGAGCAGCAUCGCCGCGCUCCUGGGGUCCGCCGCCCGCGAGGACGAUGGGGGCUACGCAGUGGAGAGCGUCAUCGGGAAGGAGCUGGGGCUGCCAAGUUGUUUUGUCCAGUCCGUGGCCACCCCCCCGGCCCGCUGCCUGGGGCUGGAGGAGAUCGAGCUGCUGGGUGCGGACAGGCCUCUGCAGGCACCGCCGGCCGCCCUCCGAGCCUGUGAGGCCCAGGCGGCUGCCGGUGCUGCUGCUGGCUCCGUGGUUACUGGUUAACUGUGGGCAAAGUGAAUGUAUUUUAUGCUCUUGAAAUGCAACUUAGUUUUUCUGGGGCUCAUGUCAGUAAAAUGGCUUUGUAAACUAUAAAUCAAAAUUUUUUCUACUAUAAAUAUAUAUUUUAUUACCUUCCUGCAAACUUAGGGACAUAGCUGUUAAUAAAGCUUCUUCCAUAAGCUUGA